GAAUCAUGCAGCUGUAGCUCUGGUCGGUUAGCUGAACUCGGUCCCCGGCUGUCAGUUACUGAGAGCAGUGACAGCCAAGUAUAUUGUUUCAUCCCGAGCUGUGCGUUGAAUACAAUCGCCAAAAUGUUCGAGGAGGCCAGCGAGGUGUUCGACAACAUGUUUAAAUCUUCGUUUCCCCUAACCUUUAUCGUGUUUAUCCCCGCGGUGCUGAUCCUUGUGUCACCGCUCCCGGCUGAGGCGGCACAUGAGUUCACGGUGUACCGCAUGCAGCAGUACGACCUGCAGGGACAGCCGUACGGUACCAGGAAUGCCAUCCUGAACACUGAGGCCCGUACUGUGGAGGCAGAGGUACUAAGUCGUCGCUGUGUGAUCAUGCGGCUGGCAGACUUCUCCUACGAUAAGUACCAGAAAGCCCUGCGCCAGUCAGCGGGAGCUGUGGUCAUCACCCUUCCCAAGAACAUGUCUGCUGUGCCCCAGGACAUAGUACAGCAGUUCAUGGAGCUUGAACCGGAGAUGUUGGCCACUGAGACCAUCGUCCCUGUGUACUUUGCCAUGGAGGAUGAUGAGCUGCUGUCCAUCUACACCCAAACCCUGACCUCCUCCUCCUCGCAGGGCUCCUUGUCAGCAGCUGAAGUGCUGCUGCACACGGCCACAGCCAACGGCUUCCAGAUGGUGACCAGUGGAGCUCAGAGCAAAGCCAUCAGUGACUGGGCCAUCACCAGUUUAGAGGGUCGUCUGGCUGGAGUUGGAGGAGAGGACCUGCCCACUAUUGUCGUGGUGGCUCACUACGACUCCUUUGGUGUUGCUCCAUGGCUGUCUUAUGGAGCCGAUUCGAACGGUAGCGGAGUGUCCAUGUUACUAGAGCUGGCUCGUCUCUUCUCGAAACUCUACACCUACAAGAGAACUCACGCUGGAUACAACCUGCUGUUUUUUGUGUCUGGUGGAGGGAAGUUUAACUACCAGGGCACCAAACGUUGGCUGGAGGAGAAUCUGGACCAUACAGACUCCAGUUUGCUACAAGACAACGUAGCCUUCGUGUUGUGUCUGGACACUCUCGGGAAUGGAGACUCUCUGCACCUCCAUGUGUCCAAACCACCUAAAGAGGGAACUCCUCAAUACUCUCUGCUUAAGGAGCUGGAGAUGGUGGUGAGUAGUCAGUACCCGGAGGUCAAAUUCUCCAUGGUCCACAAGAAAAUCAACCUGGCCGACGACAUGCUGGCCUGGGAGCACGAGCGCUUCGGGAUCCGCCGGCUGCCGGCCUUCACUCUGUCCCAUCUGCCCUCGCACCGCCUGGCUCAGCGCUCCAGCAUCAUGGACGUGCGGUCAGUGUCCCCCUCCUCUCGCCACGGAGCGGGAGAGCCCCCUGCUGGGCCUCACGUUGAUGUAAAGAAACUCGGUAGGAACACCAAGGUGGUAGCAGAAGCACUGGCCAGGGUCAUCUACAACCUCACAGAGAAGGGCGCCCCUGGAGACCUGCAGAUCUUCACUGAACAAAUGCAGGUCCAGGAGGAGCAGUUAUCAGCGGUGGUGGACUGGCUCACAGCGCAGCCGCGAGCCGCCCAGCUGGUGGACAAAGACAGCAGCGUGGUAUCCACUCUGGAGUAUCACCUCGGACGCUACCUCAAGGAUGUAAAGAGACACUACGUCAAAGCUGACAAAAGGGAUCCAGAGUUUGUAUUCUACGACCAGCUCAAGCAGACUAUGAACGCUUACAGAGUGAAGCCUGCUAUUUUUGACCUGCUACUGGCUGUCUGCAUCGCAGCCUACUUAGGGAUGAUGUAUCUGGCUAUCCAGAACUUCGGGGUCCUCUACAGUGUUGUCCGUAGAAUCACCCAACCCAAGGCGAAGGUCCACUAAACCAACCACCAACACCUUCUCUUUUCCGGACUCUGCUGUUGUCAUGAUGGUUUUCAAACCAGCAGAAUCGCUUCCAUUUCCUUCAUCCUGAUCCACAAACUAUGAUGUCAGAUCCUGUCCUGCUGCCAACUUAAUCCAUUUGGUCUCAGCGACCAGAAUAAUCAGGAAUCAUUCUUCUCUCCACAGAUGUCUUUGUCUUUCAUUUCUGAUAAUCCCUCGGAUUGGAAAUACUUCAUUAUUUGACUCUGGUGAUUGAUUUUAAACCAUUUGUCCACACCUCAGAGGUCUAGACGAGAUUAAGUGAGUUUGUGAUGUUGCUGUGCCACUGAUCGCUUCAUUCCUCUCCUCAGUAUACUGUACAAGUGAUCAUUCAGCUAAACUGACGUCACAUGUUUUCUCGGGCAGCUAGAGGGAGAAACUGACCAGACAGAGUUUAGCCCAGAAUUUAUUUUGUUGAGAGACGUGUUCGCCAACCGUGUGGUAAAAAGGACAGGUUCGCAUUUUGUCAAGUCUGUCUUAAUACAAUACUAACGCUCCCUAAAGUUCAGCUGAAGAUGAAAUGAAGCUUCAGCAGAGUUACAAGUAUAAGUCGCAGUUCCCUCCUUGUGCUGAUAUCCCUGCUCCGCAGCUCAUCAAAGAAACACUGUCCAUGGAAACACAGAGAGAAUGCCACAUUAAAAAGACUGUAAUAUCAGACGAUAUCCACUGGGCUGACUCAAACUGCUGAAGCCUCACCAACUUCAGAGAGGACAGUGGCCUUUUGUCUUUUGGACCUUUAGGGCUGCAACUUACAAUUAUUUUAAUUACUAAAUCAUUUGUCGAUUAACUUCUCAACUAAAACAUGUCAACUAGUGCACGAACGCCCACCGCAGGUUGUCAGAGCCAAAAGUGACAUCCUCACAUAUCCUUUUCUGUCAACAGUCCGAUGUUCAAUUUACAACAGUAUAAUUGUAGAAAAAUCCUCACAAAGCUCGAACCAGCAAAUAUUUGUCCUAUGACUUCAAUGAUUAAUUGGCGUUUAAUUUUCUGUUAAUUAAGUGUAGUCAUGCAAGGAAGGGAGCACUUCAUAUUCCAGUAUGGACAUGAGGAAUGAUCGCAGCGGCCAAUAACUGUGUGCAGAUAUGAGUAUGUGAGUGUUGUGUUGAGGCAGACUUGAAAAAUUCUGAACUCGUCCUUUAAAUGCUGAAAGAAAAUGACUCCUCAAACACAAAUACAGUUUACGGAAAUGACAAGUUGUCUAAAUACAAUGUGAAGUAGUGUGUGUAUAAUCCUGAUGUCAGUGAAUUUAUUAGAAGAAACAUUGAGCUGAAUGGGACAAAAAUCCUUGCCAAAUAAUUAGUGUAUGUAUGAAAUUCCCCCUUUCUCCACAUUUAAUAUAUAUAGUUCUAUAAAUCUAAGCAGAUUCCACCUUGAAAUGUUUCCUCCUUGCUCUUUGAGUCACCUUUUUAAAGGUUUGUUUCUCUGUCGCUGUGUGACUUGAUGUCUUAUUUUCAUCGCUCAAGUCUUUUUAAACCCUGAUUUGAUUAAACAAAAAAGUCAUGUCCGUGAAGUGCUUUCAUCUGAAAGCUCGUUACAAAAGGUCACAUGCAAAAAACAUGUUUUCUUGUCUAAUCGGAGCAUGUACGUGUCUAGUGUGUAAAGAGUACAACGCCAACACAUCAUGACAAGAUAAAACUCCCCCUUUACUCCUUUUUUAUCAGUAGAAAACAUGUUGUGCUCUGCGUGGACUUUUGCUGACUGCGGCAAAACUGUGACCUAAUCAGAAAUUCUUAAAGCCGUGUUAAGAUAUUGGUCAAGCCAGCACUGCAGCAUUGGAUGUCUUAAAAUGGGCAGCAACACAAAAGGUGUUGGAUUAAAUGGGAAAAAUAUCUUAGACACAUCCAGAAUAUUAGUUCAGUGAGAAUUUGCUGUGAAAAUUACCGUAGUGUUUCCUUGACCUUUCUGUCUUAGUCUUGCCUUGUUGUGGGUGAAUGGUGGUUUUUUUUUGUUUGUUUUUUUUUCCCCCCACAGUUUUGUAUUUUCCAAACGUUGCUGCAUGACCAGUAGCCUCCCCAUCACCGUGGUAACAUCGACAGGACAUUUUAUUUACCGACACGAGGGAAAUACUGUGUGGUACAUAUGAAUUUUUAAUUUAUUGAAGCAGUUUUUGUUUGUGCACUGAGAUGAACUCUCCUCUGGUCUGAACUCUGUUUCGCCUCAUCCACAACACUUGAUCUUUGCAAUGAAAAUGAUAUCAGUUGUGAUUAAAAAAAUUAAAAUAAAUAAAUGAUGAAAAGAAAAUACAAGGAACACGUGUCUUGUUUACUGACAUGUUUUAUUUUAUGGGGAAAAUAAUGAAACGAUAACAUUGGCUGAAUGGUAUUAAAAUUGUAUUACAAAAGAGCAAGUCUUUAUCAAGUGGUCUGAAUUUAGAAAGUGAUCAAAUUUUAAAAGAGCUUGGAAAAAAAAAAAUGGGGCAAUUU